AUGUCCCGCAGACGUAGCAACAAAUCAGCCAAGGUUCCUAAUGUGAAACUACGACCGGCUAGACCUGAGGAACGUGCCACAUCUUCUAACCUAUCUACGCGCAAGUCAUGGCUUGCGGGACUUGACCUGGAUGCGGACGAAGCCAGCCAGGACAGCAUCGUCGAUCUUUGCCCACGCCCGUUCCGUGGCGUUAACAUGUGUGCUACAGGCAUCAGUGACAAGACCACCUUGUUCAAACAAGCCUUGGAGCUUGGCGCGGUUUGCCUUAGCGACCUUACAGACAGAGUCACACAUCUUCUCGCCGUAGAACCUGGAAGCGCAAAGUACAGAUGUGCAUUAGAGAACAAAAUCACGAUAAUGCAUCCGUCCUGGAUUACAGAAAGCCAUGAGAUCUGGCUCAGAGGGGAUGAUGUGGAUCUCCAGGAGAGCAUCGAGAGACACCGCCUUCCCGUGUUCUCUGGUGUUGUCCUGACUUGUUCUGGCAUCGAGGACGUUGCGCGCCGUACGGAGAUCAACAGGCUGAUAACAAGGAAUGGCGGGACCCUCGAUGCUAGCGGGGAGGAGGGUGAGGAUGGAAGGCCAGUGACGGACAAGAUGCGGUAUGCGGAGAAGUUUAACCAACGAGGGGAGGCGAACAUUCAGAUAGUGUGGGAGGAGUGGUUCUGGGACUGCUUGACGUUUCGAGGACGGUUCAGUGAAGAGCCCUACAAGGUCUCUAACCCGCCACCGAAGAGGAAGAAGCUUCCAGAAGCUACUCCACCACCUCCCUCUUCCUCACCUGCGCCUGAGGCCCCUGACGCGCAAGAGGAUGAACCCAAGCGCCCGCCGCCUCCUGACCUGCUCGCCGCAACAACGAACGACGACGAGGAGAUCGCGUCUGCGCGGCGCGUGCCUGCAGAGAUGCUUCAGAUCUGGGGCAGCCUACUAGGGUCGCGCGGGUUUGAGGUGUCGAAUGGGCGCCUCGUGCGCAGCCCAUCGAAAUCCCAGAGCGCGAACAACGGAGCGCGUACGGGAAUCCAGCGCGAGCCGGACGCAUCACCGUUGAAGAACAAGAUCGCCAGGGCGGCAACGAUGGGCAAGCUGGACGGUGCGGGCGUGGGCGCCGUCCCCGUGAGUGCCCUGUCAAAGUUUAAGAGGACAAACUCGUUCGCGCCUGCGGUGAAGGAGGCGUCGACGUCUCGGCAGCCGUUCCAGCGCGCGCCAAUCGCUGGGCCGUCUUCAUCAUUCCUUGGGCAGCGGAAGACCGGACAAGAUGUUGAUGUGCUUCAUCCUUCGUCGGCCGUCGUACAUGCGGAAGUAGAGGAGGUAAAGCCCCAGGUGGUGAGCUCAAACAGGACCUCUGAUCUCUUCACCGGAAUGAAGUUCCGCACCCUGGGGGAGGCUCGUGGUCCAAGCGUGAAGGCGGCGUUGGAGGAGUGUGGCGGCCGAGUGCUCUCCGAGGGCGAUGAUGACGAGGCUGAUUUCAUCAUUGUUCGCUUAGUCAGCGGGAGCACCUUUUAUAGAAAGGAGACCGACGAAGAGGAGCGGAAGAAGUACCGGACGGAGUGUUGGCUAGAGAGGUGUAUCUAUGAGGAGCGAGUAUGCUCUCUUGAGGAGAACGUGGUGUUCAGACCGCUGAAGAUUGUGUUGCCUGUACCAGGCGCCGAACUCAUUGUUCUCAGCUUCUCUGGCCUGGAUCAAUCCGAGGCUUGCUGGGUUACAAGGCUCAUGCGAGCAAUAGGGGCACAUGUAGCACCAAAUUUCUCCCGUCGGUCAACGCACCUACUGUGUCCGUCCGCUAUGGGUCCAAAAGCGGAGAAGGCACGGGAAUGGUGUAUCCCCAUCGUCGACAUGGCGUGGAUUGCUGCCAUUGCGAAGCAUGGCCAGAUUCCCCGAGAGGAGAGUCAACUAAGCCCGCUCCCAGGAAUGCCACAGACCGAACAUAAGCCUGAGCCAGAGGAAGCGAUGGACGUGGAUGUACCGAAGGUCGAUCAUAAAGGCAAAGGCAAGGAGACAGACGUUGAUGUGACAAUGGUGGACAUCACGAACGACCCCGAGGCCGCACAUGAGCCAGAUAGCGAAAGCACAUUCGGACAACCGACAGUGCUUCUGAAUGGUCCUACUAGACAAACCCUCCCUCGAUCCACACCUCCACCCCCCUCACUCAAGAGGUCGUCCACGCUAGAACCAUCUUCUAGCAAUGGUUCAGCCCCCCCGUUUGGUCGAGUGCUGGUGAAGAAUAGCAGAGCAUCAUCAAUGGCUGCUGUUGACGAAAGUAAACCGAUUGAGCGGAUUCCUUCGUCGGAGUCUCCAUCCCCACUUAAGAUGCCAGAAGUCACGGAAAAGAACCCAACGCCGCCCGUGAAGAUUACAACAGAGGGAACAAAAGCCCUCCACGAGACCAUAACGUCAUUGCUGGGCAAGCGACCGUCCGAGGAGGAAGAUGCCGCACAAGGGCGAUCGAGUCGGACCGGCAAGCGAGCCAGACCACCAUCCAGGCAGAAGUCGACCUCUGAGCCGGCGGAUCCAGAAGUACUCCCUGUAUAUGCUCCUCCUGCUCCUCUAGACCCCAACGUUCUGGGUGAUGAUGACCUCGACAUGCUAGCUGAUGGCCCGGCCGGAAUGAGCGUACGGGUCAUGUACGAAGAUCCGAAACAGUACGACGAGAAGAAGAAACUUAUGAGAAUACUAUCGAGUCAAAAGGCCGACUUAUCUGAGAAACUGGACGCACCUCAACCCAAGGGCACGAAGAAGGGGAGAGGGUCCAAACGAAAGGGCGGUCGCGCAGCUGGUGCGUGA